AUGUUCAAAACCGGACCGUUGCUCUGCCAGCUCAUGGAUCAGGUUGGUCUUGACACGGUCCCCUUUAUCGAGGAGACCUAUGCAAACGAGCGCGGCUUGGAUAGCAACGGAAUUGACUGGCUACGGAAAGAAUACAUCGACCAAGGUAGACUGGGACGAAAGAGUGAGAAAGGCGACCUAUACCCACCACUCACGCGGACCGCAACACAUAAGACGACACCAUCGAAUCCACAAUCUGCGGCUAAGGAUAUCUAUGUCUUGGACGUGGGCCUCAGCUCCAACUCAAGGGACGUGUCUCAAGUUCAUCACAAUGGAAAGAUAUUGCUUUGGAACCUGGCAACGCAGAGAUUGACUCCUGUUAUGGUUGAGCAAAAUCUGCCCGAUGGAAUCGACGUCUCUCUCAGCACACAACGAAUCUUCUAG